AUGUCGUGGGAAUCUGGUGGCAAGCGUUACGGUGUGUGCUGUGCAUGGUGCAAUCGAAUCAUGUGCAUGCGCAUGGCAAAAGAGGCUCAAACUGUGCUCAACGUGCGUUGGGGUUUUGACCUGUCGCUUGUCAUGGCGGCCUUGCUUUUGGGGCUCUACGAGUACUGGCUGCAAGAUCCUGAAGUGAAGCACAGGAUCGCGGAUAGCUCGAUCCGCGAUCUUGUGAAAACUGUUGAUGGAUCCCCGAUUGCGUUGCAAGACAGAGCACACGCACUUCUGAACGUCGCUCUGAUUAGACCAGUGCUGCAGCGAAUGUCCGAUUGCAAGACGCUGGUGGUCAACGAUGUGGAUGAGUUCGUAGUGCAAAUCAUCGUGUUAUGCGCCAAGAUGUAUGAUCAAGAAGGCAUUUCGGAGGAUAACGCCAUGGAUGUUGAGUUUGAAGCUGGUGCUUACGAUGAGCUCCGGGUUUUGGCGAUGGGAAUCAAGAGAUGCGUCGCGUUCGACCCAAAGAUGGAGGAGUUGCUUGCUAUCUUUGGGCCCGCUGCCUCUUGGUUGCAACCCUCAAAUUCCCAGCAGCUGCUCAUCGAUCUUUUUUCACUCGGAGCUCAGGUCGGCUAUCGCGAUGCUCCUGGCGCAUCGGCGUUGCAUCUCGACGACUACGACCCGGAGAUAGCUGAGGACCCGCUGACCCCGAGAGGAUUGCCGGUGGAUCUAGUCGCUAGCAGAGAGCGUGCAGCUGGCAAUGUUUUCGGGCCACCGCGAUCAAAUUCCGGAGAGGUAGGUCCACCCCUAAACAUGGACGUGGCAGGCUACAUCCCAGGAAAUGAGUCGAUGAACACGGGCUCCGGGCAGUCCUCAGGUCUGCGUGAGCCUCUUUCGGCUCCGCCAGCGGUGGAGCCGACUCCGUCCUGCGCAGGCUCUUGUUGGGAGAUCAAGGAUAGCGAGGAUGAGGACACAGAGGCCGAGGUUCUUCAGAUUCAAGAAGCUGUUUACGAAGCUCGGGCCCGUCUUCAUCAGCUUCUUUUGAAUGCAGGUCCCCCUGAUGCUCCGACGGCCAGCACCGACAUGGACAACAUGGAGACUCAGAUGAUGGAAGUGCCAACGCUUGACUUGCCGACUGGAACGGGUGUGAUUCACCUGCAACUGCAUGUUCUCACCCGCAUGGAGCAGCAUGACCUCAAGCAGAAGAAGAAGGAGAAAGCCGCUGCCAAGAAAUCCGCUGCCAAGAAACCCAGUGCGAAGGCGGUGGAUGAUGCGGACAUGCCGGGUGAUACGGAUGCUGCGGGUGCUGCAGACACAGAGUCACCUCAGAAGGUUAAGAAGAAUCGCAAGGGCCGCAAAGGCAAGAAGCCUCGCAAAACGAAGGUUUCCCCGAAGCGGUCAUUGCUGAGGCGGAUGUCUCAGCACUCCUUCUCUGAGAGCCUUCCGGAGUCUUCUGAGACGGCGUCGCCACCUCGAUCGAUUCUCAAGCGCAGAAGCAGCCCUAACCCGAGCCCAGCCAGCAAGAAAAGCAAAGCCGUGCGCAACACCAAAGCAGCUGCCAAAGCCACUGAGCCCAAGCCGGCGAAGGACAAGACCGGCACCAAAGCUGCCACAGCAAGCAAUGCAGGCAAAUCGGCACCCAAACGCAAAGCCCCUGCCAAAGCCCCUGCCAAAGCCGACGAGCCCAAGUCUUCGGCAACGGAAAAGAACGGCGCGAAGCGAACCAGGGUCGGGCACUUUGCGCAGACAUGCAUGACAUAUCCGAUGCAUCACACUGUCCUCGGUGCACAAACUGCAACCUCAAACCAGGUUUGCUUCCAGCACGAUGAGAACACGCAGCUGGUGAAGGAUCUGCUUGGCCACUUCAACUGGGAGGAGGGGAAUGACACGGGAUCUUUCAAGAUUAUCCCCUACUGGAGCCGUGGCGAUAUGGCUUUGUCGAUGAAAGACUGCGAGAACAAGAAGCUGAAUGCAGCUUGA